AACACCUGAUGCGCAUGCGCACUGGUGUGUCCUGGCCUGGCGCGCCCCCUCCGAAGCGCAUGCUCGUGGACUCGCACGUGCACGAGCCUCAAGACCCAAGGUGCGCGCGUCGGCGUCCCAGGCGGUUGGUGUCCGAGAAUUGGUUAAGCGGGACUCGAGGCAAUUAUUUCCAGUCAGAGAAGGAAACCAGUGCCUGGCAUUCUCACCAUCUUUCUACCUACCAUGAUCAAGUGCUUGUCAGUUGAAGUACAAGCCAAAUUGCGUUCUGGUUUGGCCAUAAGCUCCUUGGGCCAAUGUGUUGAGGAACUUGCCCUCAACAGUAUUGAUGCUGAAGCAAAAUGUGUGGCUGUCAGGGUGAAUAUGGAAACCUUCCAAGUUCAAGUGAUAGACAAUGGAUUUGGGAUGGGGAGUGAUGAUGUAGAGAAAGUGGGAAAUCGUUAUUUCACCAGUAAAUGCCACUCGGUACAGGACUUGGAGAAUCCAAGGUUUUAUGGUUUCCGAGGAGAGGCCUUGGCAAAUAUUGCUGACAUGGCCAGCGCUGUGGAAAUUUCGUCCAAGAAAAACAGGACAAUGAAAACUUUUGUGAAACUGUUUCAGAGUGGAAAAGCCCUGAAAGCUUGUGAAGCUGAUGUGACUAGACCAAGCGCUGGGACCACUGUAACAGUGUAUAACCUAUUUUACCAGCUGCCUGUAAGGAGGAAAUGCAUGGACCCUAGACUGGAGUUUGAGAAGGUUAGGCAGAGGAUAGAAGCUCUCUCACUUAUGCACCCUUCCAUCUCUUUCUCUUUGAGAAAUGAUGUUUCUGGUUCCAUGGUUCUUCAGCUCCCUAAAACCAAAGACGUAUGUUCCCGAUUCUGUCAAAUUUAUGGAUUGGGAAAGUCCCAAAAGCUGAGAGAAAUAAGUUUUAAAUAUAAACAGUUUGAGCUUAGUGGCUAUAUCAGCUCUGAAGCACAUUACAAUAAGAAUAUGCAGUUUUUGUUUGUGAACAAAAGACUAGUUUUAAGGACAAAGCUACAUAAACUCAUUGACUUUUUAUUAAGGAAAGAAAGUAUUAUAUGCAAGCCAAAGAACGGUUCCAGCGGUAGGCAAAUGAAUUCAAGUCUUCGGCACCGGUCUACCCCAGAACUCUAUGGCAUAUAUGUAAUUAAUGUGCAGUGCCAAUUCUGUGAGUAUGAUGUGUGCAUGGAGCCAGCCAAAACUCUGAUUGAGUUUCAGAACUGGGACACUCUCUUGUUUUGCAUUCAGGAAGGAGUGAAAAUGUUUUUAAAGCAAGAAAAAUUAUUUGUGGAAUUAUCAGGUGAGGAUAUUAAGGAAUUUAGUGAAGAUAAUGGUUUUAAUUUAUUUGAUGCUACUCUUCAGAAGCGUGUGACUUCCGAUGAGAGGAGUAACCAGGGCAGUUUCCAGGAAGCAUGUAAUAAUAUUUUAGAUUCCUAUGAGAUGUUUAAUUUGCAAUCAAAAGCUGUGAAAAGAAAAGCUACUGCAGAAAACAUAAGCACACAGAAUUCUAGGGAUUUAGAAGCUAUCAGAAAAAAUACAAAUGAUGCAUUUUUAUACAUUUAUGAAUCAGGUGCUCCAGGCCAUAGCACAAUGACAGAGCCAUCUUUACAAAACAAAGACAGCUCUUGCUCAGAAUCAAAGAUGUUAGAACAAGAGACAAUUGUAGCAUCAGAAGCAGGAGAAAAUGAGAAACAUAAAAAAUCUUGCCUGGAACAUAGCUCUUUAGAAAACCCAUGUGGAACCAGUUCAGAAAUGUUUUUAAGCCCUUUUCAGGCACCAUGUCACUUUGAAGAGAGUGGGGAGGAUCUAGAAAUAUGGAAAGAAAGUACUACUCUUAAUGGCAUGGCUGCCAACGUCAUGAAAAAUAAUAGAAUUCAGAAUCAACCAGAGAGAUUUAAAGAUGCUACUGAAGUGGGAUGCCAGCCUCUGCCUUUUGUGACAACAUUAUUGGGAGUACAUAGUGCUCAGACAGAGAGGGAGGGAAAAAAAAAGCCUAGCAAUUGUGGAAGAAGAAAUGUUUUUAGUUACGGACAAGUUAAAUUAUGUUCCACUGGCUUUAUAACUCAUAUAGUACAAAAUGAGAAAACUAAAUCAACUGAAACAGAACAUGCAUUUAAAAAUUAUGUUAGACCUGGUCCCACACGUGCCCAAGAAACAUUUGGAAAUAGAACAUGUCAUUCAGCUGAAACUCUAGACCUCAAAGAUUUAGCCGGCACUUUGAGUAAAGAAUCUGGUCAAUUGCCCAACAAAAAAAUUUGCAGAACAAAUGUAAGUUGUGGGCUAGAGAAUGAACCUACAGCAACUUAUGCAAAGUUUUCUACUUUUCAGGAAGAUAGCAAAAAAUCACAAACAGGUUGCAUAUUAUCCGAUAUAUCCACCUCUUUCCCCUGGUAUAGACACGUUUCAAAUGAUAGUAGGAAAACAGAUAAAUUAAUUGGUUCCUCCAAACCAAUCGUCCGUAAGAAGCUAAGCUUGAGUUCACAGCUAGGAUCUUUAGAGAAGUUUAAGAGACAAUACGGGAAGGUUGAAAAUCCUCUGGAUACAGAAGUAGAGGAAAGUAACGGAGUCACUACCAAUCUCAGUCCUCAAGUUGAACCUGACAUUCUGCCGAAGAACAAGAACCGCUUAGACAACUCUGAUGUUUGUAAAAUCACUACUAUGAAGCAUAGUGAUUCAGAUAGUAGUUGCCAACCAGCAAGCCACAUCCUUGACUCAGAGAAGUUUCCAUUCUCCAAAGAUGAAGAUUGUUUAGAACAACAGAUGCCUAGUUUGAGAGAAAGCCCCAUGACCCUGAAGGAGUUAUCUCUCUUUAAUAGAAAACCUUUGGACCUUGAGAAGUCAUCUGAAUCACUAGCCUCUAAAUUAUCCAGACGGAAGGGUUCCGAAAGAGAAACUCAAACAAUGGAGAUGAUGAGUCGUUUUAAUGAACUUCCAAAUCCAGAUUCCAGUAGGAAAGAGAACAAGUUGUGCAGUGUGUUAACACAAGAUUUUUGUAUGUUAUUUAAAAAUGAGCAUGAAAAAACAGAGAAUGGUGUCAUCCCAACAUCAGAUUCUGUCACACAGGAUAAUUCCUUUAAUAAAAAUAGUAAAACACAUUCUAACAGCAAUACAACAGAGAACUGUGUGAUAUCAGAGACUCCUUUGGUAUUGCCCUAUGAUAAUUCCAAAGUUACCAGUAAAGAUUCAGAUGUUCUUAUCAGAGCUUCAGAACAACACACAGGAAGUCCGGACUCUCCCAGUGGAAUGUUAAUGAAUCUGGUAGAAGAUGCCACAGGUGACCAAAAUGGAAUUUGUUUUCAAAGUGAGGAAUCUAAAGCAAGAGCCUGUUCUGAAACUGAAGAGUCAAACACGUGUCGCUCGGAUUGGCAGCAGCAUUUCGAUGUAGCCCUGGGGAGAAUGGUUUAUGUCAACAAAAUGACUGGACUCAGCACAUUCAUUGCCCCAACUGAGGACAUUCAGGCUGCUUGUACUAAAGACCUGACAACUGUGGCUGUGGAUGUCGUACUUGAGAAUGAUACUAUGGAUGAUACCGUUAGUAGCGAAUCGCUUCAGUCUUUGUUCUCAGAAUGGGACAAUCCAGUAUUUGCCUGUUAUCCAGAGGUUGCUGUUGAUGUAAGCAGUGGCCAGGCUGAGAGCUUAGCAGUUAAAAUUCACAACAUCUUGUAUCCCUAUCGUUUCACCAAAGAAAUGAUUCAUUCAAUGCAGGUUCUCCAGCAAGUGGAUAGCAAGUUUAUUGCCUGUUUGAUGAGCACUAAGACUGAAGAGAAUGGUGAGGCAGGUGGAAACCUGCUCGUGCUGGUGGAUCAGCAUGCUGCCCAUGAGCGUAUCCGUCUGGAGCAGCUCAUCAUUGAUUCCUAUGAGAAGCAACAGGCACAAGGCUCUGGUCGGAAAAAAUUACUGUCUUCUACUCUAAUUCCUCCACUAGAGAUAACAGUGACAGAGGAACAAAGGAGACUCUUAUGGUGUUACCACAAAAAUCUGGAAGAUCUGGGCCUUGAACUUGUAUUUCCAGACACUAGUGAUUCUCUGGUACUUGUGGGAAAAGUACCACUCUGUUUUGUGGAAAGAGAAGCCAAUGAGCUUCGGAGAGGAAGAUCUACUGUGACCAAGAGUAUCGUGGAGGAAUUUAUCCGAGAACAAGUGGAGCUACUCCAGACCACAGGAGGCAUCCAAGGGACAUUGCCACUGACUGUCCAGAAGGUGUUGGCAUCCCAAGCCUGCCAUGGGGCCAUUAAGUUUAAUGAUGGCCUGAGCUUACAGGAAAGUUGCCGCCUUAUUGAAACUCUGUCCUCGUGCCAGCUGCCAUUCCAGUGUGCUCACGGGAGACCUUCUAUGCUGCCAUUAGCUGACAUAGACCACUUGGAGCAGGAAAAACAGAUUAAACCCAAUCUCGCUAAACUUCGCAAAAUGGCCCAGGCCUGGCGUCUCUUUGGAAAAGCAGAGUGUGAUACAACGCAGAGCCUGCAGCAAUCCAUGCCUCCCUGUGAGCCACCAUGAGAACAGAGUCACUGGUCUAAAAGGAACAAAGGGAUUUUCACUGUAUGCUUCUGAGCAGAGAGCAGCAGCAGCAGGUACCAGCACGGCCCUGACUGAAUCAGCCCAGUGUCCCUGAGCAGCUUAGACAACAGGGCUCUUUGUAUCAGUCUUUCUUGAGCAGAUGAUUCCUCUAGUUGAGUAGCCAGAUGGAAUUCAAGCCUUAAGACAGUUCAUUCAUUUGCAUCCAUGGAUACAGAAGGUUGCCAUAUAGUAUCUACCUUUUGCUACUUAUUUAAUGAUAAAAUUUAAUGACCUUUUGAUUGGUUGCUUGGUUUGUUAUUUGAAGGGUGUGAUUUUUGUUUCUGUACAGUUUUUUUUUCAAGCUUUACAUUUGCGUGUAUCUAAUUCAGCUGAUGCUCAAGUCCAAGGGGUAGUCUGCCUUCCCAGGCUGCCCCCAGGGUUUCUCCACUGGUCCCUUCUUUUCCCUUGUCUUCUUCACUUCCCUGUGCUGCUGCUUCAUGUGCUGCAUCUCAGACUUAAAGAGUUUCUCUACUUUGAGUGAAAACAUUCUCUAGGGCUUUCAUCAGGCCUUUAGUUAUUUUAGGGAUAAAAACUAUUGAUAAAAAGGACAAGGAUAGAACAGAGAAAAUUUAAAGUCCUGUCCCGGGUUUUUUGUUUUGUUUUCUUUAAAAACUCAGAGACUGAUAUUCAAUAUCUCAAACCAGUAAAAUGGUGAAAAUACUAUGAGCUUGUUUUUUAAAAUAUGAUUUUUUUGGUACUUCAUAAAGUAUCUCUUUAUGUGACAGCAAUUGUCAUAUCAAAACACAGCAUAUCUAUGUUCAACCUAACCAAAUGUUUACACUUUCUCUUUCAGGAGACAAGGGUUCUUUGAGUCCCUUUCAAACAGUAUCUUGGUGUUAUUACAUUAUGCCUAUCUAUUGCCCUUAUAAUUUCACUUGGGACCAGGACUGAUCAUUCUGCAAAUGCUUGUUAUGCCAUUCUCAAUCUAUUUUUCCCACACCUUUUCACAUGAUUUGUGGUUAAUAGGACUCAAUAGACUAAAAUUGCAUAGUAGAAAAAAAAUACAAAAUGCCAGCUGGUAAUGUUUAUUGCAACUGGGGUGUUAUACAAUUAGUAAGAUGAUGCAAUGAGAAUUUCUACUUUUGUAUUUCCUGUCCAGCCUGCUCAAAGUGGCUUUUAUAUCAAUGAAAUGAUUUUCCUCAUUUUUUAAUACAGGAAACCAAUUCGUGCUCAUGGAAGAAAAGUUCCUUUGCCAGCAGCCUUGAAGUGAAUCUUACAGGAGCAAUGAAAGUAUUGCAUUCAUUAGCAUCUGCCCCAGAGAAGGUUCAGGGAAAACCUUCACUUGUUUUCAAGGGGAUCCUUGUAGAUUUACGUAAUUGGAACCCUGAAGAACAGGCCCUACUGUCUAAAAAUGGCUUUUAUUCUUCUAAAUACAUAUAAACGGGUGUUUUAUAGACGGGAAAACAUGACCUUAGAAAGGAGGGAGUUUUCAGAGGAUUUGCAGGCUGUCAGGGGCUCUGCCUCCAGGCCUAGUGUGGCAGCGUGGCCUCAGGGCCUCCGCCUCCCUGCUUAAGGGCUGCACAGAGGCCAACUGUCCAGGGAGCUGUAAAAAUCUUUUCAGGUCAGACCAAUUUGAGAGAUUUUAAAAAGUGUCUCAAUGCCUCUUAUGAUUUCAGAAGGUUUUGCUAUAUGUAAUCCCGACUACAAUUUUCUUGAGAGUAGCAGAGGAUUAGAAAAAGUCCUCCAUAAAUUAUGUAAUUGGCCUUCCUGGCUAGCCUGACUCAAGCAAUGUCAGAGAUAAUUAUUCUAUUUUCAUAAUUUAUAAGUGUGGGGGCAGGCCUCAGCAUUCAAACAACCUGUUAGAGAAAAACAUCUAAUAGAUUACCUUUAUUGCCUAUUAAGGUUUUAUGUUGUUUUUAACUCAGAUGCCAUAAGAACAAAGAUACAUGUAAUUUAUAAUAGUAAUCAUUAAUACCUAUAUUGUGCUUUAAGGUUUACAAAAUAUUUUUUCUCAUACUUUAUCUUAUUUUAAUUUCUUGACAGUCCGUGAGGUAAGGUGGUAGCUUCAUCACCAUUUUACAAAGUGGGAAACGAAGGUGGAGAACCGUCCUCUUAGGAACCUGGUUGUCCCCCUUUGUAUAAUAAAACUUCGAAGCUCAGAGCUGUUAACUGGUUUGCUGAAAGCUUAGCUGUGAGAGCCAGAAUUCAGAGCCAGGUCUGAGUGACUUCAAACUGCACACUCCUUCCCAUUAUUACCCAUAUGCUGUCCCUUAUAUUUUUAAUUUAUUAGGAAUUCAUUCAUUUAUAAACUUGGUGAUUCACCUUCAUUCGAUUCUGGUCACUGAAGGCUUUAGUAACUUCAGAGUAAAACUUGAGAGAUGAGAUGUGAAACGCAGCCAUUCUUGAGAGUUCCUUUUUCUGUAACAUUCAUCAACACUUCAUUGAGAAGUGAAGGUUCCUAUGGCUGUCUCUACCUUCAAGAGGCUUAGCUUUAGUCACUGAGAAAGACAAGAAAACUAACGAUAGAAUGUAGUAGCUUCCUCUGGCGCUAGGUAUUACAGAGUCACAGCUAGUGACAGCUAGCCUUUUAUUAUUGAAAGAAGAGGAGCUAACAGUCCCACUAUCAGAAUUAAGACUAGAGAUGGCAAUAGGAGCUAGUAUUAGAAAAGCUUAAGGCAAAACAUAAAGUGUAGGCUAGAAUGAAGCUGGAGAAUGGGGAGGGGUCUUGGGUAACAUCCAGAAUCUGGCUGGGGACCUGGAACUACAUGAGAUAAAAGAAUGGAGGGGUUCUAGCAGUAGUCAGAGGUCAGGUACAAAUGAACAGCUGGGAUCUGGGCAUGGCAGACAGUGAAAAAACCCAGGCAAGCAAAACGGUCAGAGCAGGAGGGGGCCCAAGGCCACAUUCUUGAGAUGUGGAGGGGCUGAGGAAGCCAUGCCAAGUGAGAGCAGAUGCAGCUCAGCAGUUCCUAGCGAGCCCUGACAAGCCAGCUCAGCUGAAGCUUCGGGUGGGAGCCAGUCAUGGCACAGUGGAGUGAAGGAAGAGCAGUUUCAGGCACCCAGAACCUGACCCCCACGACUUGUUUUCCCCCUGAAGAGCCACCCAUUCCAUCCAAACCCUUUGCAAAAGUCUGCUAACAGAGAGAACCGGCCAGUAUGCUGGCUACUCGCGAUCAUGCCUGUCUGUCUUUACCCUCUCAGCUGAAGCUGCGCGUCAAUGGUGAGAUGGCAAAAAGGUGGGUCCAGAAGAGGGGAAAAGAAGGAAGUCUGGGAAAACAAAAUGCUGAAGAAUCUGCACCAAAUAAACCCUUCCGUCCUUC